ACCAUCGCUAGUUUUGGUUUGCUGUUGUGCGUGCUGUUGUUAUGGUCUCCAUAUCAAAUAUUAUUAUUAAGGUUUUUAAAGUUUUUCUCAUGCAGAGGUACUGAUAAAUAAUAAUUUGAUCCAAAAUUAGUGGCUGACAAAUGAAUAACUGAAUAUGGAACACAAGAAAACUCCUGUUAGCAUUUUGCAAGAGUUUUGCUUGUAUCGUGGACUGACAGCAGACUACACGUUGAUUUCUGUUGAAGGACAAGUACACGAACCAACGUUCACAUUCAGAGUGGAAGUAGACCAUGAGUUUGCCAUAGGCGUUGGUCAGAGCAAGAAAAAAGCUAAACAUGCUGCUGCCAAAGCUCUUCUUGACAAGUUACAAGCUAGUGAUAAGUUGAUUGAUUCAAGCUUAAAAUUACUGGAAAACUUGUCUUUAGCAAGUGAUUUGAAAGAAAAAGAUGAUUCAUCUGAAGGUGAUAAAUUUUCUGGAAAUCACGUAGGAACAUUACAGGAACUUUGCAUGAAAAGACAAUGGGAGCCACCCUACUAUGAAACUGUUCUAGAAGAAGGAUUGCCUCACGAUCGAGUCUUUGGAAUCCAAUGUCAGGUGAAAAUGUAUGAUCAAGGAGGUUCAGAAGAUAAAGAAAUAAAGAAAACAGGUUUUGGAAGAACAAAACGGAUAGCAAAACAUCAGGCUGCCUACAAGAUUUUACAAGUUCUAGAAGGGGUGUAUGUUUGUGAUGAGAAACCUCCUGUUAAACCUACCAUAGCACAAAGCCAGAUGAAAACCAAAACACAGAAAUCUUCGGUACCAAUUCCAGACUAUGGCCAUAAAGUUCGGAUGUUCUUCCAAGAACUGCAGUCUUCACCCGGGAAAACGUUGGCUUCUUUACACGUGACUGACUUGAGUAUGUCAACCACAGAUUUUAUUGGUCUUUUACAAGAUGUUGCUGAUGAACAAAAUUUUCAAAACAAAUAUUGUAUGUUGGAAAACUCUCGUUCUGAUGGAAACCAGCAGUGUUUAGUUCAUCUUGGUGCUCUCCCUGCAAUGAUAUGUUUUGGAAUGGGAAAGUCGUCUGAUGAUGCCAAGGAAGAUGCAGCUAAAAAUGCUCUACACAUUUUAGAAAUCAUUACGAGAACAUGAAUACACUUUAACCAGUGUUGAUACCUCAGACAGCAAACUACAAACAACGUGAAGAUUGGAUGAUCGGUUGCUUCUGUAGUCUAUUUAACAUUACAUGUUAGCUGAGAUUUUCAGAAUAACACUUAAUAUUAGUAAAGUUUGAUGUACCUCGAGUUAAGUGCAAGGAAUUUUGUAAAAAUAAUACACAGAAAAGGUGAAAUUGAAUUAAAUGAAAGUUGAAAUGUUUUACAGUAUAUUUUAAGUUUGUAAAUCUUAUUUUCACCCUUUUAUACUGAUAUUUGUGUUUGUCUUGUUGUGUAAGUAAGGUAAUAUGUGGAUAAAAAUGACAGAAUGGCUAGUGGCUAGAAUUCAUGUAUCCGUUGUAUCCUCACAAGGCUGCAUAACGUUCAGUCUUAUGCUUACCGAGAUUAUACUGCAGUAGACCUGCUUUAUAAUCUUGUUGCAAAUGUGUUUUUAAUCUUGUAGAACACAGCAAUCGUUUUAUUAAAUUCAUUUUUAACCCUUCUAUGCAUUGGCUAUAGUCACAAAAUUGUGUAUGGUCAUUUGUUGGUUUUAAUGAAAGUAGUUAUUAAAUUUAUUCAUAGAUGGCACCACAUAUAUCUAGAAAUUUACUAGAUGGUUGAAUAAAAUAUUAGGAAGUACUA